UGUUAAAAAUCAGUGGAUCUCAAACUUUCGUACUCAAAAUAAAAUAAUGUAUACCUGUGCUAGUUGUGGCAGUCUGCACUCCGAGGGAACCAUUUGUAGUGCUUGUAAACAGCACUAUGACUUCUCUUGUUCUGGAGUUACUGAAGCUGGAUACCGUAAGCUCGGCGACAGGAAGAAUACAUGGAAAUGUCCCAAAUGUAAAUCUGGAUCGUCACAAUCAGGUGCCUUAUCUCCACAACCUAGCCAAUUGGAUAGGAUGCAGGAUCAAUUGAAUAAAAUCAUGCUCCAACUUGCCACAUUUGCAUCCGUAGCUGAAGAUGUAAAAAUUAUAAAACGUGAUGUUGGGAGUCUAAAAGAAUCAGUGGAGAUGGCUCACGAGAGGUUAAAUAGUUUUUGUGACAAAGUUAAUGCCAUAGAAGCACAAGUUGUAGAAGUACAAAAGGUAGCAGAGGAAGUCCCUGUUUUAAAAGAAGAAAUAAAUAAGCUGAAGCAGGAACUUCGGGACAGGGACCAAUGGGCUAGGGCCAACAAUGUGGAAAUUCGCGGAAUCCCUCUAAAGAAAAAUGAAAAUCUUUAUGAAAUUAUAAAUAGAAUCACAUCUUUGUGCAACUUCUCGGUGAGGAAAGAAGAUAUUAACUACAUUGCACGUAUUCCAACACGGUCUGCAGCUUCUGAGAAACCAAUAGUGGUAUCUCUCAACAACCGCUACACCAAAGACGAGUUUGUGGCAUUAGCAAGGAAGAAUAAAGAACUUAACCUCUUGAAUUUGGGCUUCGGCACGGCGGGAAGCUUCUAUGUCAAUGAUCAUUUGACUCAGUUUAAUAAAGAACUGCUAAGAAGGGCAAAAUCUUUGGCGAAAGAAAAUAAUUUUCAAUAUGUUUGGGUCAAAUAUUGUAAAAUUAUGGUCCGAAGAACGGAUUCAUCACCGAUAAUUUUUAUAAAAAGCGAAAAAGACUUACAAAAAAUAACAUGAUUUAUUUUUGUCUUACGUUUUUCAUACUAAUAGAUAAUAACUUAAUUUUCAGUUUGGGAACCAUGUGUUGUUUACGUGAAUUGGGAUUCUCGGAAAUAUUGUUUACAAUGGGUUGUGGCAUUAAUUAUCUAAACGGAGUAAGUACGGAUAUGCGCUUACAUUUUUCGCUCGUUUAUGCAUUUCCAAUUAGGGUCAAUAUUGCGUGUAAAGGUUCUG